GUCUAAGAAAAUUUAGAACUUUUUUCUUUUCGUCCAGUUCGUAUGAUUAUUUUUUUUUUCUCAACAUCAUAUCGAUUUUCACAUCUGUUCGUAUUGAUUUUUAGAAAAAAGUUAAAUUCAACACAAUAAUUAGUAAAAGAAAAAGUUGUAUGGCAAAUUGGCGUCGAAAUUGCAUUGCUCAAAAAAGGCGCCAUUUCCUUUCUGUUUCUGAGGCUAUUCUCUUGAUUGGUUGUAGAUUGGUUUCCCUAUUUCCUCUAUUGGGGAGGAACGUUCGGCUACAUAUCUUACAAUGUUAAAUGAUAAUCGGAAACCAUGUUCUAAAGCUGCUAGGUAGAUCAGAAAAAUCAUCAAAGAAUGGGAGGUUGCUGCUGUUCGACUCGAAAUUCUCACAUGAAUGGAACUCCAACAUACUACUAUUGCCCCAUCGCUAUGGAGGAGCGCAUGACAUCCGAAAUUAAUAGUGGCUCAUCCUCCAUGCUUUUGAAUGCAGGACAUGAUUUGAACCUUGAUUUUUCAAUACCGAACACUUACCGAUCCCCUCCCACGCCUCUCCCGUACGAUGUGGUUUUGAAAUAUCCACAACAGAAAGAUCCUAACUCUGCUAAAGAAAGAAUAUGUGGAUGUAGUUUGAAAACUACAUCGGCAGUGAAAAGUGUUGGGGAACUUGAUCGUAAGUCCCAAGACAGUGGCCCUCCACGGAAACUGGAACAUUCCAAGUCGAAGGGCACUAGUACGACAACUCCGGUCACUGAAGAAGAUCAGGAUGUCUGUCCCAUUUGUCUUGAAGAGUAUGAUUCUGUACAUCCAGAAAUUAUCACAAAAUGCAAGCACCACUUUCACCUUGCUUGCCUUCUCGAGUGGACCGAAAGAAGCGAUGUUUGUCCCAUUUGCGACAAGGAGAUGAUAUUUGAGCUACAUUGAGUACGUAGAAAAGAGGAACUUCUCUAGUCCUUAAAAUUCACGCUUGAGCUCACUUCACCUUUGGUGGAUGGCGCUUUUCCUCAUUCUUCCGCUGGUUCAUUUUCAAAACUAUGGCUGUAUGGAUACGUCGGUCGUUUCGUAACGCAAAUUCGAGAUGUAAAUUGUUGUAGUCAGUUGAUUCGAUACAUCGGGCGGAGAAGAAUCAAUUGGCAGUGCAUCUCUUCUUCAUGUUGAUUCUUCAUGCAUAUUUAUUAUUGUUAUUUCAAUCUUUGAUCAUCAAUUCUGAUGGAACUCCUCCUGGCCUAUUGACUCGAGAAAAGGAGCAUUAAAGAUUCAUACAUUCUGUAUAAGAUGAGAUAUGUUUCCCA